AUGAGUUUCCCAUCUAUUGAUAGACCAUUUGGUAUCCACUUAUGGCCUAUCUUUAAUGCGGUGUUCGAGAAGGUUGUGGGUUAUCCUGCUGAAGAGUUUAGGUUUGUUCAUAAUCAAACAUUUUUGGCUAAUGGGUGGCAUGCUAUAGGCAUAAUAGUUGUUUAUUAUGUCAUCAUAUUCGGAGGCAGAGCACUUUCCAACACCGUGGGCGCUCCAGCCUUGAAGUUGAACGUUUUAUUUCAGGCGCACAACUUAGGAUUGACCCUAGCAUCGUUGAUCCUAUUGUUGUUGAUGGUUGAACAGUUAUUACCUAUAUUGUACAAGAAUGGUUUAUUCUACGCCAUUUGUGACGAGGGCGCCUUUGCGCCCAAAUUGGUCACUUUGUACUACUUAAAUUACUUGACCAAGUACUGGGAGUUGAUUGAUACCAUUUUUUUGGUCUUGAAGAAAAAGAAGUUGUUGUUUUUGCAUGUUUAUCAUCAUGGAGCAACCGCAUUGUUGUGUUACACUCAGCUUAGGGGCUCCACUGCUGUCGAAUGGGUACCUAUUGCUUUGAACUUAGCUGUUCAUGUCGUGAUGUACUGGUACUACUUCUUAACCGCUCGUGGGAUAAGAGUGUGGUGGAAGGAAUGGGUGACGCGUUUCCAGAUCAUCCAAUUUGUGCUAGACUUGAUUUUUGUUUACUUUGCUACUUACACUCAUUACGCUUUCAAGUACUUUCCAUGGGCACCUCAUAUGGGCGACUGUUACGGCUCCGAAAUGGCCGCAGCAUACGGUUAUUUUAUUUUGACCUCAUAUUUGCUUUUGUUCAUUUCCUUUUAUAUCAAAGUUUACAGAAGUAGCACCCAGAAGAGGGUGAAGAAGCACGAUAACAUUGCUUCGCAAGACUCCGCUACUUCCAGUGGCAUUUCUUCGGAUGAAAAGUCUAAGGUCCGCUCAAGAAAAGCUUAA